GGCAUUAAAAUGGUGGAUGAACCUAUGGAGGAGGGAGAACCAUAUUCCUGUAAUGAUGAAGGAAGUGUCAAAGAGAUCCCUAUUACCCACCAUGUAAAAGAAGGAUGUGAAAAAGCAGAUCCUGCACAAUUUGAAUUGCUUAAAGUCCUUGGUCAAGGGUCAUUUGGAAAGGUUUUCCUUGUGAGAAAACUAAUUGGUCCUGAUGCUGGGUAUUUAUACGCCAUGAAAGUUCUAAAGAAAGCUUCAUUGAAAGUUCGAGACAGAGUUCGCACAAAGAUGGAGAGAGAUAUAUUAGUAGAAGUAAAUCAUCCAUUUAUUGUCAAACUGCACUAUGCCUUCCAGACUGAAGGAAAGCUAUAUUUAAUAUUGGACUUUCUCAGGGGAGGAGAUGUGUUCACAAGAUUAUCCAAAGAGGUUAUGUUUACAGAGGAAGAUGUGAAAUUCUACCUCGCAGAACUGGCUCUAGCUUUGGAUCACCUGCACAGCUUGGGAAUUGUAUACAGGGACUUGAAGCCAGAAAACAUUUUGCUUGAUGAAGCAGGACAUAUCAAGUUAACAGACUUCGGCUUAAGCAAAGAAUCGGUGGAUCAAGAGAAGAAAGCCUAUUCUUUCUGCGGUACUGUAGAAUACAUGGCCCCUGAAGUUGUGAACAGGCGGGGCCACAACCAAAGUGCCGAUUGGUGGUCCUUUGGUGUCCUCAUGUUUGAAAUGCUGACUGGUACUUUACCUUUUCAAGGUAAAGACCGGAAUGAAACUAUGAAUAUGAUCCUCAAAGCAAAACUUGGAAUGCCACAAUUCCUUAGCCCUGAAGCUCAGAGUCUCCUGAGGUUGUUGUUUAAAAGGAACCCUUCAAACAGGCUAGGGGCUGGUCCUGAUGGGGUUGAAGAAAUAAAGAGGCAUCCCUUCUUUUCAACCAUUGACUGGAAUAAACUUUACAGGAGGGAGAUCCAGCCUCCAUUUAAACCUGCUUCUGGAAGACCGGAAGACACCUUUUGCUUUGACCCAGAAUUCACAGCAAAAACUCCCAAAGAUUCUCCAGGAGUUCCUCCAAGCGCCAACGCCCAUCAGCUUUUCAAAGGCUUCAGUUUCGUUGCGACGAGCUCCAUAGAAGACCACAAACUCACCACUCUCAACAACAUUUUGCCAAUCGUACAGCAACUUCAUGGGAGCAGUGCACUCUUCACAAAUGCCUAUGAACUUAAAGAAGACAUUGGCGUGGGAUCCUACUCAGUGUGUAAGCGCUGCAUCCAUACAGUUUCUAAUAUGGAAUUUGCAGUGAAGAUAAUUGACAAAAGUAAGAGGGAUCCUUCUGAAGAAAUAGAAAUCUUGAUGCGAUAUGGGCAGCACCCCAACAUUAUUACUUUAAAAGAUGUGUACGAUGAUGGUAAAUAUAUCUACCUUGUCACAGAAUUGAUGAAGGGAGGUGAGCUUCUGGACCGUAUUCUCAGAAAGAAGUAUUUCUCAGAACGUGAAGCCAGUGCCGUCUUGUAUACUAUCACUAAGACUGUGGACUACCUGCACUGUCAAGGAGUAAGCUUGCGUGAGAGGACGCCCAAUGGGCUUCUUAAUGUAUGCAAACGUGGAAACCCAGAAUUCAUUCAAAUCACUGUUUUUCAAUGGUCAAGGUUGAAAAACGCUGAUUUAAAUUUACUUCUAAGUCUGAGUGUGGUGAAGGCUGGUCUUUCUAACAAUAACACAAAGUUUUUGUUCAUCUUCCAGGUUCUCCUGAGGCAAGGCUACGAUGCUGCUUGUGAUAUCUGGAGCUUGGGUGUUCUCCUUUAUACAAUGCUGGCAGGGUACACCCCUUUUGCCAACGGGCCCAAUGAUACCCCCGAAGAAAUCUUGUUACGGAUCGGGAGUGGGAAAUUUUCUUUAAGUGGAGGCAAUUGGGACACUGUGUCGGAUGCUGCAAAGGAUUUGCUAUCUCACAUGCUACAUGUGGAUCCACAUCAAAGAUACACCGCAGAGCAAGUUCUGAAACAUUCGUGGAUAGCCUGUAGGGAUCAGUUGCCACAUUACCAGCUAAAUAGGCAAGAUGCACCCCAUCUAGUGAAGGGGGCCAUGGCUGCGACAUACUCUGCAUUGAAUAACCAGACAUUUCAGCCAGUUUUGGAACCUGUUGCAGCUUCAAGUUUGGCUCAGCGGAGAAGCAUGAAAAAACUAACAUCCACAGACUUAUAGGUCAGCUGGAACAUUUAACCCACGUGGAACACAGGGGGAAAAAACUAAUAAAAAAACCCCAAGAAGCAGCUCUGUAUUUGCCUGCCCUGUGAAUUAAAAGGCAUAUUCCAAUUCCUCCUACAUUUACUUGAAUUCAGUGGAAGAAAGGACGAAAACACAACAAAACAUAAACAAACACUUCUAUCAGUUUAGAGGAUUUAUUGCUGUUAGUAGGUUGGUGUUAGUAGCAUCAGGGUACUUUGCAACUGCGGUGAGGAGUUUAUGGUACACAUUUCAUUUUGGAGAUCGAUUGCAUUAUGUUAAUACUUUUAAAUACUGUAUAGUUUUCAUCCGGUUUAUAAAGAUAUGUAUUAGUUGAUCAGAGACGCUGCUCAAGUUGUAAAUUUUAAUUCAAGAAGAAAAGGUCAGUGUUUUAAUAUUUUUGCUAUCUUGGCCCUGUUGUAAAGACAAAGAAAAGAAAACAUUAAAACAUGAUGUGCUCUGGUUUUGUAAAUCGAUCACCUUAAAACGGCGGACUCCAUGCAUUUGAUUCGUGGGUACGACAAGCCAAGGACCACUGAAACGGAUAUCCUAGUGCAAAAUGCAUGAUGGAAGCCCUUGUGUUCUGUUGGCGUCAGGCAAUUAUGUGUAAAAAAUAAUGUACAGCUAUAAUAAUAAUCCAUGAACAUAAACCGAGAUGAUAGUGUGUAAAGCCUUCAUUAGAGUUGUAGAUUUGGUCAACCUAGCCGUGUCUUUCUUAAGGCUUUUGAAGAGUGGUGGUUGUUAGGAAAAUAAAUAUUCCGUUGUACUUUGACAUUAUGUAUGACAUCACCAUCAUGGGACCUUUUCAAGAAGGGGUAAGUAGAUCUCUGCUUGAUAAUGCUUUAGAUCAG